AUGGCCAGCUCCAAUUGGACCUCCCCCGUGGUGGAGUUCAUUCUCGGGGGCCUCUCAGCCCACCCAAAGCUGGAGAAAACGUUCUUUGUGCUCAUCCUGCUGAUGUACCUGGUGAUCCUACUGGGCAACGGGAUCCUCAUCCUGGUGACCACCGUUGACUCCCGCCUGCACACGCCCAUGUACUUCUUCCUGGGGAACCUCUCCUUCCUGGACAUCUGCUACACAACCUCCUCAGUCCCCCUCAUUCUCAACAGCUUCCUGACCCCCAGGAAAACCAUUUCCUUCUCAGCCUGCACUGUGCAGAUGUUUCUCUCUUUCGCCAUGGGAGCCACAGAGUGUGUGCUCCUGAGCAUCAUGGCAUUUGAUCGCUAUGUGGCCAUCUGCAACCCCCUUAGAUACCCUGUGGUCAUGAACAAGACUGUCUACGUGGCCAUGGCUGCCAGCUCCUGGGCAGCUGGUAUCACCAACUCUGUAGUUCAGACAUCCCAGGCCAUGAGGCUGCCCUUCUGUAGGGACAACAUCAUCAACCACUUUACCUGUGAGAUCCUGGCUGUCCUGAAGUUGGCCUGUGCUGACAUCUCAAUCAAUGUGGUUAGCAUGGUUGUGGCCAACAUGUUCUUCCUUGCAAUCCCAGUCCUGUUCAUUUUUGUCUCCUAUGUGUUCAUCAUUGCUACCAUCCUGUGGAUCCCCUCAGCUGAGGGGAGGAAAAAGGCCUACUCUACCUGCUCUGCCCACCUCACAGUCGUGGUCAUCUUCUAUGGGACCAUCCUCUUCAUGUAUGGGAAGCCCAAGUCCAAGGACCUACUAGGGGCAGACAAACAGGACCUUUCAGACAAGCUCAUUUCCCUCUUCUAUGGGGUGGUGACCCCCAUGCUUAACCCCAUUAUCUACAGCCUGAGGAACAAGGAUGUGAAGGCUACUGUGAAGAACCUGCUGAGUCAGAGACGCCUAAAUGAGUGA